AUGGUACAAUUGCGCGAUGGCAUGUGGUUGCCCGCCGAAUGUGCUCGGACUGAGUAUGCUGAAGAGGUCUACAAUGUCACAGUGUCUGAACAAGAGCAACGCAUGAGCCUGCUUUGUCCGACAAAAUGCAUUCGUUCACGAGGCGACACAUUAAAUCAGCCCACCGUGACACUUGACCUACAAGCCGAGUUUGAUGGAGUCAUUUCCCUCGAGGCAACGCAUUGGGCAGGCGAACAACGCAAAGGACCACAUUUCGAACUCUUCCCGGACGGGAGACCAGAAGCAAAAGGCCUCAUUGUUAAGAAUGGUGGCGCAACAACUUUGCAGUCGGGAUCUUUGUCAGUGACUGCAACAACUUGUUCACAAAUCUUCGAUAUCAGCUUCCAUGGCACCGAGGACAACAAGUUGCUGACUUCCUUGAAGGACCGAAGUGUGGGCUUUGCUUACAGUCCUGCACCAAGUACACCAAUGCAAUUGGCUUCCAUGAAGGACUUUAAGCAGUACAAGUUUCUGCAGACGAAUCUCUCAGUUGGUGAAUCAAUCCAUGGGUUAGGCGAGCGAUUUGGUGCCUGGAAUAAAGUUGGCCAGACCGUCUGCCUUUGGAACGCUGACGGAGGCACAUCCAGCGAUCAAGCUUACAAGAAUGUCAGCUUUUGGAUGAGCAGUCGUGGCUAUGGAGUGUUCAUAGAUAACCCAAGUAAGGUAGAGUUACAAAUCGGCAGUGAGCGAUGCUCUCGUACACAGACUAUUGUGGAAGGACAGCGACUGAAGAUGUACUUUAUCUAUGGACCGACGCCUAGAGAUCUCUUGAACAGGUAUACCAUUCUUACCGGCAAGGCGAGCAAAGUCCCCAGAUGGAGUUUCGGACUUUGGUUAACGACAAGCUUCACCACGAGCUACGACGAAGCCGCAGUGACAUCAUUUCUACAAGGCAUGAAAGCUAGGGGGUCGCCGGUUGAUGUCUUCCAUUUUGACUGCUUUUGGAUGAAGGCAUUCUGUUGGACAGACUUCCAAUUUGACUCGGAGAAUUUCCCUGAUCCAGUGGGUCAAAUUGCACGUAUGAAGAACUCGGGGCUCUGCAACAAAGUUUGCGUGUGGAUUAACCCGUACUUCGGCCAGCAUGGUGCGGCAUUCAAACAUGCCGGAGAAAAAGGGUAUCUCCUUAAACGAAAAAGCGGCGACAUCUGGCAAUGGGACCUGUGGCAAGCAGGAAUGGGUCUCUUGGAUGUGACAAACCCUCAAGCUGUGGCUUGGUUCACCGAAUGCUUGAACAAGCUGCUUGAUAUGGGAGUGGAUGCCAUCAAGACAGAUUUUGGAGAGCGAAUACCUACUGUCGACGUGCAAUGGCAUGAUAAUAGCGUGGACCCGGAAAGAAUGCACAACUAUUAUGCGUUUGAGUACAAUCGUAUUGUAUACGAGGCUCUUCAGAAACGAUUCGGGAAGCAUGAAGCUGUUCUAUUUGCGCGCACAGCCUGUGCUGGAACUCAACGAUACCCCUUGGUAUGGGGCGGAGAUUGCGAAUCGACCCCCGAGGCCUUGGGUGAGUCAAUACGAGGUGGCCUUUCAAUGGGAGUAUCAGGAUUCUCUUUCUGGAGCUGUGAUAUUGGAGGAUUCGAGGGUUCUCCGCCGCCAUGGAUUUACAAACGAUGGGUUGCUAUGGGCUUGCUUUGCAGCCACAGUCGCUUACAUGGCAGUAACUCGUAUCGUGUACCCUGGACGAUUGAUAAUGACGACCAAUCCGAGGAAGGGUGCUCAAGAACCCUUGCUAAGUGGACGAGUCUCAAAAACCGCCUCAUGCCGUAUAUUUACAGUGAAUCGUUGGAAUCUAUUCAAUACGGACUACCAUUGUCACUUCGAUCAGUUGCCAUCGAGUUCCCUGAAGAUCCAACAUCUUGGAUGCUGGACCGGCAAUUUAUGCUUGGCUCCCGACUUAUGGUGGCUCCCAUCUAUGAAGAGUCUGGUGAAGUAGAAUUUUACUUGCCAAAGGGUAAAUGGACCUCAUAUUUCACGAAUGAGGUCAAAGUUGGACCAGGUUGGUUCAAGGAGAAGCACGGAUUCGGCACCCUGCCGUUUUAUGUGAGAGAAAACACGGUUCUGGUUUUGAACCACCGUGAACAAGCCAAGUCAUCUGACUAUACCUCCGAUCUUGAGGUAUGCUUAUAUCAGGUACAACCGGGAGCCGUCGGCAAGACUGUGGACAAUGCAGACAACCCCAUCGAAGUCAUUGUAGGAUCGAGCGGCGAGUUAGAAGACACAUCUAUGCUCUCCGGGAGACUCGCAUUUUCCGAAUCUGGGAGAAGCUUAGAAGGAGAUGAGAUGAUUUCGAUUGAGCACCUAUAG